AUGUCUUUAUACACAAUUAUUUUAUGGUGUAUUUUACUAACACUAAUCAAUUGUCGUUAUUAUCAUCGUUUAAGACAUUUAAGACUUGAGGACAGCUUUUGUACAGCUUAUCAGGAGUUAAAGGAUGAUAAGUGUUCGGCCCGACUGUCCUCAUGUUCGCCAUUAAAAGCUCAUGAAUUGAAUCAAAUGCGACAAAUUUUGUGUGGAUUUAGAUUUGAUCCGUCCGUUCAAACGGAACCUCCGGCGCCAACAAACAAUAAUCCUCAUUAUUAUCCAAAACAUUUUGCAGAUGUUUUUGAAGCAGACAUUCAUUACUAUCGAUUUAUAGCAUCGAUAUAUUCAUCAAAUCGUGAGUUUCAAUGUGCAGGUGCUUUGGUAUCACCGAGAACUGUAGUGACCGCCGCUCAAUGUGUGUCACCUGCGGUCAGAAAACGAAAGAAACGGCAAGAAGAAGAAGAACAAACACCUGUCGAACAAAUACCAGAAGGAGAUGCCGGCCGACUGAUUGUCCGAUUUGGGGAACAACACCUCAAUAUAAACCCAACCUUUAAGAAUGUCUAUGAAUACGAUGUGGAAUCCAUUGAAAUUAGUCAACAUUACGAUCCCAUUAGUCAUUCAAAUGAUAUAGCAAUCAUACGACUGGUCAAUCCGGUGCCUAUAUGUAAGUUCCCGCCCAUACAUAUCCCACGAAAAUUUGAGUAUUGGUUGGACUAUCAGCACAUCGCUGGCUGUUCGGCCACUUAUUUAGGUUGGGGUUUAAAAAACCAAAAACCUUACUUCAGAGCUCUUACUGGAGAAGUUCUUUCACAUCAUUUUUGUCAAAAACUUUUUAAUUGGGAUUACCAUCAACUGAAUCGGUCUCAUCUAUGCGUUGAUUCGCCAUCAGGUGUAUGUGUUAGUGAUACGGGAGGACCACUUAUAACGUAUGCAAACGAUCGAUGGGUUCUCAUAGGGCUCUUGACGUUUGGUAAACACUGUCGAACUCCAGGAUUACCAUUGAUUUUCUCGAGAAUUACAGAAUCGAUGGAUGAAAUCUAUAAAUAUAUUGAUCAAGACUUCAACUCAAGAAAUGCUACUCUUUUACAUGAGGAAUGUCAUCAUCAAAACCACUUUCAUGCACCUAUAUAUCCAGAUAAACAUACUCAACAUAUUAAACCUAUUAAACCACUUAUUGUCGACCAUUCACUUGACCACAAACUACAUCCGCCUCGUGGAGCUGUCCUUCCCAUUGAACACAUUGAUUAUGAUUACAUCAAUCAAGAUAUACAACACGUUAAAGAAGUUCACUAUAAAUAA